AUGAUAGCAAAUGGGAGGCCAAUUAGUUAUGCUGACUGUCAGAACGUCUUUAAGAUUAUUCUGUUUACUGUAAUGGCUACAGCGUUUUGUAUCCUUGUACUAUUUACCCUGGCAGACAAAGAUGGCACAAGAAAUUUGGUAGCCUCGGAUCACCUAACCAUUGAAACACACGUUGAUGCUUCCCAAGGAGUCGAGGCAGCUCAUGGAACAGAUGACGAAUUUAAACCAAUGAAAGGUGUCACAAAGGUUAUCGUAUUAGGAUAUAAAAGAGGGGGGACAUCUUUCUUUGGAGAGCUACUCCAUACAUACCCUAAAACCCAAUAUCUGUUCGAGCCGCUUGUUGGAGUCUAUGCUCAUAUGUAUGGGGGUGUGACUGUGCCGCCAUGGAGCAUUAGAGCCUUCGCUAAUGGAACGAUACGUGAUGCGCCUGAUUACGAAGUGAACUAUAUAGUGGAGACACUUAACAAAAUGUUUAACUGCGACUACAACUCUGUCCAUAUUGAGAACUUUAAAAGUGACGGUCCACUACCCGCAAUUCAUUCAGUGUCAUACAAACAAUGCAUAAAACAGAAUGGGCUCAAACAAUGGCCCAACAUUUCCUAUAGUCAUUGUGAUAGGUCUACCUAUAUGAAUGAUAUUCCUCCAGAGUGUGUUAACCCAGACGUCUAUGACGAUAUUUCACUACACCAAGGCAAAAAGAACAGAACAACUAUAAUGCAACAUUUCAACACAUAUAACUCAAAGGUGAAGCUCAAAUGGAAUCGUUUGUUAAGAUGCACUGACGAUUUGAGAAAAAAUUGCUCAGAAUCUAAUCAAAGAGUUUAUAAAUUGAUUCGCAUGAACAUGAAGACUGCUGUAACGCUCUUGGAAAGAUAUUCCGACAUUAAAGUGAUACAUUAUAUCAGGGACCCUCGAGGUAUUCAGAAUUCCAGGGUCGACACUGUAACAUCUUUUGCAUUUGAGGAUAGAAUGACCCUUGUAGAGUCGUCUGAUUUACUCUGUAGACUGAUUUGGAACGACAUUCUAGUUGCUUCAAGACAACCUCUGCAUAUUGCUAGGAGGAUACUACAGGUGAGAUACGAGGAUGUUGUCAACGACCCAAAGAACACAAUAGAAAAAAUUGACGAAUUUCUGGAUAGAGAGUCACAACCAGAGAUGCUUGACUGGUUGAAUUUGAAUACUAAUUGUCCGAAUAUGACACAAACUUUGUCAGACAGUCAACCAUUUGCCUUAUGCAAAAAUGCAUCUUACACUAUGGAUAAAUGGCGCGAACGCCUCAGUCCAGAAGACAUAGCUGGGAUAACUAAGACAUGUUCCAAUGUUCUCAAGCAUUUUAAGUAUUCAUAAUUCAAUUGAAAAGCAUUCAGUUGUCCCCCCAACAUUUGAUCUGUAAGGAUCUGGUAAACAUUUUAAACGCUAUGCGUCACACUGUAUAUAUUUGUAUUUGUAUGUUUAAACAUAAGUCGAAAAAACGGAAGUAAAUAUUUAUUGAAACACUGCAUUUUGCUUAAUUCGGAUGUGCUUUUUCCUAUGUUCAAAAUGAACCCAAAAGUUCCACAUUUACUAUUAAUAUAAUAGUAAAUAUGGGAGUUCCUGUUGAUGGCACAAAUAUCGGAAUUUUGCUUUACGCGGACGACAUUGCCUUGAUACAGGGUGUUCAAAAAAAACGCAACCCAAAGAAAUUGCUAUAUCUUGAAAAAUCCUGGUUCAAUUA